AAUGAUUUCUUACGUGCAAACGGAGAAUCGCUCAAUUUCGUCCCUCUGUUCGGAAGUUGUAGACCACUUUCCCGGGAAGCUCUAUCAAGAGGUGCAGUUGACUACUAAACCUGCAGCUUGGGGACUUCAAGGAUUACCGUGAAUUUCGGUCACGCGCUAAAACAUUGUUAUAGAAUCAAAUCUCUAUACUUUAGGCUUAGCAGAGUGUCCAAUGGAUUCCGCCAGCAAUGUUCAGAUUGUCCCCUCAUCGUCUGAUCUUUCCUCUCCUAUCUCCGAAUCCCCAUGGGAAUAUGAAGUUUUCCUCAGUUUCAGAGGUGAAGACACUCGUUAUACUUUUACUGAACGUCUAUACGAGGCCUUGGUCGAGAAAGGGGUUGUCACCUUUAAGGACGAUGAAGAACUCGAAAUAGGGAAACCCAUUUCGCCUGAACUCAUAUGUGCAAUCAAGAAAUCGAGAAUCGCAGUCGUCGUCUUGUCAAGAAACUAUGCAUCUUCCACAUCUUGCUUGCAAGAACUUGUAAAGAUUGUUGAACGCGUGGAAGAGAGACGGAUGAAAUUUUUUCCCAUCUUCUAUCAUGUGGAUCCAAGCAAUGUUCGGCAUCAGAGGGAGACUUUUGCAGAUGCCUUUGUAGAGCAUGACAAACGUUUCAAAGAAAACAUAAAGGAGGUGCGAGCGUGGAGAGAUGUUUUGAAAAAAGUGGCCAAUCACUCCGGAUACUCCCUAAAGGAUGGGUCCGAGUCAAUGCACAUCCAAACCAUUGUUGGAAAGAUAUCCCGUGAUUUGGAUGGUACACUCUCAGGUGUUGAUGAGGACAACCUUGUUGGAAUGGACUCCCGAGUUGAGAAAAUGCUUGCACAAGCUGUUUUUAAAAGGAUCCGUAGUCAAUUUCAAGCUAGCAGCUUUCUCAACAAUGUUAGAAUGGAGCACGAAAAACAUGGUUUAGCUACAUUGCAGCAACAACUCCUCAUUGAUAUGAAGUUAAAGAGUGAAAAAGAUAAAGCAUAUGUGUGUACAGGAAUCGAUGAGACAAUUAAGAGAUUGCGUUACAAAAAGGUUCUUCUGGUUCUUGAUGAUGUGGAUAAUAUAGUACAAUUAAAAACAUUAGCAGGGAACCAUAAUUGGUUUGGCUCAGGGAGUAGAAUUAUCAUAACCACUAAACACAGACAGCUAUUGAAAAUACAUGGAGUACAAAAUGUGUACAUGGCUGAGAAAUUGAAUGAAUGUGAUGCUCUACAACUCUUUUGUCAAGAAGCCUUCCACAAACCCCAUUGUGAAAAAGGCCUUCUAGAUCUAUGCGAGGGGUUUAUAAGUUAUGCUGAUGGGCAUCCUCUAGCUCUUACAGUUUUGGGAUCCUCCCUGUUGGGAAAAGAAAGAAAGCUAUGGGAAAGUGCUUGGGAUAGGCUAAAAGAAUUUCCUGACAAAGUUAUUCAGAACACACUUCAAAUCAGUUUUGAUGCUCUGGGGGAUACGGAGAAAAAACUAUUUUUAGAUAUUGCCUGCUUCUUCAAUGGGGAGGAGAAAAAAAGAGUAGCUGAUAUACUAGAAGGUUCUGGUUGCUACCCGAAAAUUGAUAUGGAAAAUCUCAUUGACAAAUCUCUAAUAACCAUUUUAGAGAGAAAAUUGUGGAUACAUGAUUUACUACAGAGAGUGGGUUGGGAAAUUAUUCGUUGUCAAUCCCCACAGAAUCCAGGAGAACGCAGUAGGUUAUGGCUUUGUGACGACGUCUUUAAAGUACUAAUGGAUAAUACAGGAACGGCUUCAGUUGAAGGCAUGAUGCUAAACUCAUAUCCACAUCAACAAGAAUGCUUGAAGCCUGAAGCAUUCUCGAUGAUGACAAAUCUGAGAUUGCUUAGAAUCUACAAUGUGCACCUUCCACUGGGCCUCAGUUAUCUUUCUAACGAGUUACAUCUUAUGGAAUGGUAUGCAUAUCCUUUGAGAUCCAUACCAAGGGGUUUUCAACCAGUCAAACUUGUUGAGCUCAUAAUGCCUCGCAGCCGCUUUGAGCAGCUACCAAUGGGAUUUACUAAUUUAAAAAGGCUGAAACUCCUUGACCUUAGUGACUCUCGAAACUUAAUCCUGACUCCUGAUUUCACUGGUUUCCCAAAUCUUGAGAAGCUGAUUCUUCAAGGCUGCACAAGAUUGGAAAAGGUUGACCCAUCUGUUGGAGCUCUUGAAAGGCUUAUUCUAUUAAAUUUGAGGGAUUGCAAAUGUCUUAGAAGCUUUCCACACAAGAUCAACUUGAAAUCUCUUGAAAUUUUAAUUCUAUCUGGCUGUUCAAGACUCAAAAAGUUUCCAGAGAUAGGACAAAAUAUGAUAUACUUGUCAAAGCUUUAUUUGGAUGGGACUGCCAUAGAAGAAUUACCAUCAUCAAUUGAGCAUCUAACUAAUCUAGUUCUAUUGAAUCUUCAAGAUUGUAAAAGCCUUUUGAGUUUUCCGAGAGUCCUUUUUGGUUUGGCAUCUCUUAAAUCUCUUAUUCUUUCAGGGUGCAGGUGUCAACCAACUAAAUCAGGGCAUCCACUUGGACUUUCUCCCAUUUUAUCUCCAAUUGAUGUCCGUCUCAACUUUGUACAACUAAUUUCUUUUUCUGUCCUAUACUAUUUGAUACUGCCAAACACAUAUCUCCGCAUCCUCACCUGUGUUGAACUUAUUUUAUGGACACAUUUUUUAUGUGUUGCCCGACAACAUGAGUCAAAACCCAUUAACUUAUUGUUGCCAAGGUCGUUCUCAUGGUUAAGCUCUGUGGUGUCUCUAGAUUUAAGUGACUGCAAUCUAUUGGAUGGAGCAUUCCCUGAUGAUCUUAGUCGCUUAUCUUCUUUACAGUCUCUAAAUUUGAGCAGAAAUGGCUUUAUAUGCCUGCCCAAUAGCAUUUCACAGCUUUCUAAGCUCAAAUUUCUUUGCUUGGAUAAUUGUACCAAGCUUAAAUCAUUGCAAAAUCUUCCCAUAAGUACACAGUUGGUGAUGGCACGAGAAUGUACUUCACUGGAAAAUUAUUCUGGUCAAGUGGUUGUGUGGACUUCUGGUGAAACUGGAUUCACUUUUAUUAAUUGUCUCAGCCUAGCCGAUGAUGAAGAAUGCAAAGUAGGCGAGGUUUUCUUGCUUGAUUCACAAGUCCGACCACUAUGGCAAAGAUACAUGGAGGUUUCUCUCUCUCUCUCCCUCUCUCUCUUACAUGCCCGUACACUUGCGAACACUCACAAGUAUAUACCCACACUGAAAAUAUUUUUACUUAAUUUCAAUAUUUUGCAGGAGAAAAUUCAUCAAAGCCAAGGACUUCAAAGCAUUUUGCCUCAAACAGAAAUUCCGAAGUGGUUCAGCCAUCAGAAAUAUGGGUCAUCUGUACUGAUCCGGAUACCUCCUGAUUUGUAUGAAAAUAGUAGUUGGAAAGGAAUUGUGUUGUGUGCUAUUUUUGUAGUCCACAAAGAUUUGAUCAGCAGCAUUUCUCCUAGUCAGGAUCCAUAUUUCCACAAGUUCAGACUUCGUUUGGACAUGGAUGGAGGUCUUGUAGAUUGCCCUCAAGUCUUUAGCAUUCCCAAAGAUAGAUUCCAUGCAGGUUCGUUUGGACUUUGGCUAUAUCUGUCCCAUGAGAGGUUUAGGGACAAUUUAGAUGAACGCAACUGCAUUAGCCCUUCAAUUACAACCCACAGUCCAGAUGUUGAGAUUAAAGCCUGUGGUGCGCGUAUACUGUAUGAUACAGAUAUGGCUGAGUUUGUACAGAAUUUGAGCGAGAAUAAUUUUAGGAUUUCUUAAGACCUCCUUCAUCAAGGCCAUGAAAAUUCAUGGAAUGUCAUCUGAACAAUUCCCAAAGGCAUCUGGCAGAGGGAAGGGGACGCCAACUCGUUUUUCAUUCUCUAGAGAGCACGAUACGGAAGUCGGAACCAGAGCAGGUGCAGAAAACUGGCAUAUGACUUGGGAAGGUGACCAAAUCGUGGAGUUGAAUGUAAAAAUAUUUUUAAGAAUGGUGAGAGUUAAUGG